CGCAGCAGGAACAAAGAGCCUCCUCUCACUUCCACACGGACUGCCUUGACUCGUUUCUCCCCUUUCUGGACCGAAGUCUGCUCUGAGCGGUGGAAGGCAGCGCGCGAGCAGCUCCGCGCGGACCGUCUCCACUGAGGGAAAAGAGGAAACUCGCAGACCCACAAAAAAAAGGUUCCGUCGGUUUUCUUCCAGUCGUGAAACCUUCCCAGUGUCGCUCCGAAGGACUCAACCCGGAAUUUGGUGUCACCCAAUGAGAAUGCAGUUUCCUCAAGGCGUCUGUACCCACAUGGAUUAAGAGGAGUGUGGUUCCCCCUGGCUGAAGACAUCGUGUGUGUCCAACAUCAUCUUUCCUCCCACACGCACCGUGUUGCCGUUGCGCCUAUGAGGUAACGUCGGGACCAAACGGCCCCUCAUUACCGCCCUCGGUCCAUCCAUUUCCCUCCCCUCUGUUCCUCCCUCCUUUGGACCCAACCAGCCAUGGGCCAGAAGAUCUCGGGAAGCAUCAAAUCGGUGGAUGUACAAGGGGAACCCUCAUACCGGCCGGUGCGCCGCGAGCUACGGGGCCCCGAUUUCUGUCGGCCCCCGAGGUUGGAUUUACUGCUGGACAUGCCCCCGGCCAACGUGGAGACUCAACUCCGCCACGCCUGGAACCCCGACGACCGAUCGCUCAACGUCUUCGUCAAGGAGGACGACAAGCUGACAUUUCACCGGCACCCCAUAGCGCAGAGCACGGACUGCAUCCGCGGCAGGGUGGGCUACACCAGGGGCCUCCACGUGUGGAGGAUUCACUGGCCGGCCAGACAGCGAGGCACCCACGCUGUGGUGGGGGUGGGCACCGCUGAAGCCCCUUUGCACUCAGUGGGCUACACAGCUCUGGUGGGCUUGGACAAGGAAUCUUGGGGCUGGGACUUGGGGCGGAACAAAAUUUACCACAACGGAAAGAACCGGCUUCAUCCCACGUCGGUCUCUACAUAUCCCAGUUUCCUGGAGCCCGAUGAGUCGUUUGUGCUUCCGGACUGUCUGACAGUGAUACUUGACAUGGACGAGGGGACGCUAAGCUUCAUGGUGGACGAGCAGUACCUGGGAGUCGCUUUCAGGGGACUGAAAGGCAAGAAACUGUAUCCAAUUGUCAGCGCAGUUUGGGGGCAUUGCGAAGUGUCGAUCCGCUACGUCAACGGACUAGAUCCGGAGCCCCUCCCCCUCAUGGACCUGUGCAGACGGGCGGCUCGACGGGCUCUGGGCCGAGAGCGCAUCCAUCACAUUGACACACUCCCGCUGCCCGAGACCCUCAAGAACUACCUCCAGUACCAGUGACCACACACACACACACACACAUCAACACACACACACACACACACACACCCACAGGGCGAGCUUCAGACCUGGACGCUGUUCCAGUUUUAUCCUCACCAUCUGAUUCCUGAACACACAGACUAUGGACACAACAUGAAGCUACCAGUGGGCUUUUGUUUACACCGGUUGGGAUGUUCUUCUUUGUGGAUGUCGCUGUUUUUCAAAAUGUUUUUUUUUUUUUUUUUUCUGCCCCCGGACAGACGACUCAAGGAGCUGAAAAAUUAAAUGUUGGAAUCCACUUUUUUUUCUUUCUUUCUUUCCUUUUUUUUUUUUUUUUUUUUUUUUUUUUUUUGCUUGAUGGCAUAAAUAUAUCAAGUCACGCCACAUGUCGGCAGUUAGAAAAGGCCUUAAAUUGCUGCAGGUUUUCAAAACGCUCUCUCCUCUUACUCCACGGACGCCUCUGGAAAACAUGCUGGUAUUUAUAUUUCUAUUCCCAACAAACACAGUGAGCUCUGUGGAGACACAGUCACAGGAGAGAGAGGACACACACACACACACACACACCCCUCAGUGUCACUUCAUGAGACACGUCUCUCCUCCCUCAAUGUUUUAAAAUGCUGCUUUUCUAUCCUUGUUUUUCUACCAUCUGAUUUCCAACUGAUUUACUCGUCCUGCAGAAGAUGGUCUUCGAAAGAGAUUCUCCCCGAAUGCUUUCUGUAUUUUUUUUUCUUCUGUUUGUUUUUAAUGGAUUUUGAUAAUUGUCGACGGGACGGGAUGUCUCGCACAUUUAUGGUGGAAGAAUGUGAUGCCAUGAAAAGUCUUUUAAAUGUGAACAAUAAACUCAGCUGAACGAA